GCCUCCAGCAGCCUCUGCUCAUUCCCUCCCAGUCCGCUUCCUCCGUCCCUCUGUCCCUCCACCGUCCCUGCACCAUGGGGCCUGCCUCAGGCCCCAGCCUGCUGCUGCUGAUGCUGCUGCUUACCAUCCUGCCCCUGGCACCGGGGGACCCCAUGUUCUCCAUGAUCACCCCCAACAUCCUGCGGCUGGGAAACGAGGAGAAGGUGCUGCUUGAGGCCCAUGACUAUGGAGAGAACCUUGCAGUCACAGUCAACGUCUACGAUUUCCCUGCCAAGAAGCAAAGGAUGUUCAGCGAGACCAUUGCUCUGAUCAGGGAGACCGGCCACAUGGGCACAGUCAACAUCAAUAUCCCAGCCAACCAGGAAUUAACAUCAAGGAAGGGGAAAAAAUUCGUGACUAUCCAGGCGGACUUCGGGGGCACUGUGGUGGAGAACAUAGUGCUGGUCAGCUUUCAGAGAGGGUACAUCUUCAUCCAGACGGACAAGCCCAUCUACACCCCAGGCUCCACGGUCCUCUAUCGGAUCUUCACGGUCAACAAUGACCUACUGCCUGUGGGCCGGGCUGUUGUCAUCAGCAUCCAGACCCCUGACAAUAUUCUCAUCAAGAAGGACUCCCUAUCUUCUCAGAACCAGGUUGGCAUCUUGUCCCUGUCUUGGAACAUCCCGGAGCUGGUCAAUACAGGGCAGUGGAAGAUAGAAGCCCACUAUGAAGAUGCCCCACAGCAGGUAUUCUCUGCUGAGUUCGAGGUGAAGGAGUACGUGCUGCCCAGUUUUGAGGUCCAAGUGGAGCCUACAGAGAAAUUCUACUACAUUGAUGACCCACAGGGCCUGGAGGUCACCAUCACGGCCAGGUUCUUGUAUGGGAAGAAUGUGGAUGGAAUAGCCUUCGUCAUCUUUGGGGUCCAGGAUGGUGACCAGAGGAUUUCGCUGCCCCAGUCCCUCACCCGUGUUCAGAUCAAUGAUGGCAGUGGGGAGGCCAGGCUGGAACGAAAGGUCCUGCUGAGCGGGGUGGAACCCUCCAGAGCAGAUGCCCUGGUGGGGAAGUCGUUGUACGUGUCUGUCACCGUUAUCCUGCACUCAGGCAGCGACAUGGUGGAGGCGGAGCGCAGCGGGAUCCCCAUCGUGACCUCCCCCUACCAGAUCCACUUCACCAAGACGUCCAAGUUCUUCAAACCAGGCAUGCCCUUUGACCUCAUGGUGUUUGUGACGAACCCUGAUGGCUCCCCAGCACGCAACGUCCCCGUGGUGACCCAGUACUCCAAAUCACGCUUCUUCACCCAGGAAGACGGCGUGGCCAAGCUGAUCAUCAACACACACAAAACCUUUAGGUCCCUGCCCAUCACCGUAAGCACUAAGAAGGAUGGUAUCCCAGAGUCACGACAGACCAACAGGACUAUGAACGCCCAACCCUACAGCACCAUGAGUAAUAACUACCUGCACAUCUCUGUGCCUCGCGUGGAGCUCAAGCCAGGGGAAGAUCUCAACGUCAACUUCCACCUGCGAAUUGACCCCACCACCACCCGGGAGAACAAUAUCCGCUACUUCACCUACCUGAUCAUGAACAAAGGGAAGCUGUUGAAGGUGGAGCGUCAGACGCGGGAGCCCGGCCAGGACAUGUACGCGCUGCCCCUGACCAUCACUGAAGACUUCAUUCCUUCCUUCCGCCUGGUGGCUUAUUACACCUUCAUUAACAACAAUGGCCAGAGGGAGGUGGUGGCCGAUUCCGUGUGGGUGGAUGUCAAGGACUCCUGUGUGGGCAAGCUGGUGGUGAAAGGUGGCAGGAAGGAAGAGAGGGUGUACAUACCUGGCCAGCAGAUGACCCUCAAGAUCGAGGGUGACAGAGGAGCCCGAGUAGGGCUUGUGGCGGUGGACAAGGGCGUGUUCGUGCUGAACAAGAAGAAUAAGUUAACUCAAAGCAAGAUCUGGAACGUGGUGGAGAAGGCUGACAUCGGCUGUACUCCAGGCAGCGGGAAGGACUAUGCCGGCGUCUUCACGGACGCCGGGCUGGCCUUCCUGACCAACACAAACCUGCAGACCCCUGAUAGGACAGAUCCCGAGUGCCCCAAACCAGCUACCCGGCGCCGCCGCUCGGUGAUGCUCACAGAGAAGAGGAUGGACAAAGCGGGUCAGUACCCGAAGGAGCUGCGCAAGUGCUGUGAACAUGGCAUGCGGGAGAACCCCAUGAAGUUCUCGUGCGAGCGCAGGGCCCGGUUCAUCCAGCACGAGGCCUCGUGCGUGAAGGCCUUCCUGGACUGUUGCAACUACAUCACCCAGCUGAGGCUCAACCACACCCGUAGUGCCCACCUGGGAUUGGCCCGGAGUGACUUGGAUGAGGAUAUAAUCCCAGAAGAAGUUAUCAUUUCCCGAAGCCAGUUCCCUGAGAGCUGGCUAUGGCGCAUGGAGGAUCUCAAUGAACCUGCGAAAGAUGGAAUCUCCACAAAGACCAUGAAUAUAUUUUUGAAAGACUCCAUCACCACCUGGGAGAUUCUGGCCGUGAGCUUGUCAGACAAGAAAGGGAUCUGCGUGGCUGACCCCUAUGAGGUCACAGUGAUGCAAGACUUCUUCAUCGACCUGCGGCUACCCUACUCUGUCGUGCGCAAUGAGCAAGUGGAGAUCCGAGCCGUGCUCUACAAUUACCAGGAUGUUGGGGAGCUCAAGGUGCGAGUGACCCUGCUCUACAACCCAGCCUUCUGCAGCCAGGCCACCGCAAGGAAACCCUAUCAGCAGAUUCUGGAAAUUCCAGCCAAGUCCUCAAUAGCCGUGCCUUUUCUCCUCGUGCCUCUGAAGGUCGGUCUACAUGAGGUGGAGGUCAAGGCUGCGGUCUACAAUCGUUUCCUCAUCGAUGGUGUCAAGAAGCCCCUGAAGGUCGUGCCUGAAGGGAUCAGAGUCAACAAAACUGUGGCCGUUCACACACUGGAUCCAGAAAACCGGGGCCAAAACGGAGUGCAGCGAGAGGAGGUCCACGCCGCAGACCUCAGUGACCAGGUACCAGACACAGAUUCAGAGACCAGGAUCCUCCUGCAAGGGACCCCGGUGGCUCAGUUGACUGAGGAUGCCAUUGAUGCGGAGCGACUGAAAAACCUCAUCGUGAUCCCCUCGGGCUGUGGGGAGCAGAACAUGAAAAGCAUGACGCCCACCGUCAUUGCCAUCCAUUACCUGGACCAAACGGAGCAGUGGGAGAAGUUGGAACCCACAAAGCGAAAGGAAGCCUUGCAGCUCAUCGAAAAGGGGUACUCCCAGCAGCUGGCCUACAGACAGGACAAUUCGGCCUAUGCGGCCUACCUGGACAGGAAGCCCAGCACCUGGCUGACAGCCUACGUGGUCAAGGUCUUCUCUCUGGCAGCCAACCUCAUUGCCAUUCAGGCCGAUGUCAUCUGCGGGGCGGUCAAAUGGCUGAUCCUUCACAGGCAGAAUCCUGACGGGGUCUUCCGGGAAGAUGCGCCCGUAAUGUCCCAAGCAAUGACUGGUGGCUACCAGGAGAAUAAGGAGAAGGAUGUAUCCCUCACAGCCUUUGUUCUCAUUGCAUUGGAAGAGGCUAAAGAUAUUUGCAAGCAAAGGGUCAAUAGCCUGGAAAAGAACAUCAAUAAGGCAGGCGAUUAUAUUGAAUUCCACUAUAGGAACCUGCGGAGACCAUAUUCUGUGGCCAUUGCAGGUUACGCCCUGGCCCGAUUAGGCAGGCUGAAGGAAGAUCUCCUCGAAAAAUUUCUGAGCACAGCCAAAGAGAAGACAAGUUGGGAGGAGCCUGGCAAGCACCUCUACAACGUGGAGGCCACAUCCUAUGCCCUCUUGGCCCUGCUGGUGCUCAAAGACUUUGACUCUGUACGGCCCAUCGCCAGCUGGCUCAAUGAGCAGAGAUACUACGAAGGUGGCUAUGGCUCCACCCAGGCCACCUUCAUGGUGUUCCAGGCCUUGGCCCAAUUCCAGAAGGAUGUCCCUGACCACAAGGACCUGAACCUGGAAGUAUCCAUUGAACUGCCCAGCCGCAGCUCUGCCAUCAGGCACACCAUCCUCUGGGAAUCUGCUAGCCUCCAGCGGUCAGCAGAGACCAAGAAAAAUGAGGAUUUUGUAGUAACAGCUAAAGGGAAAGGACAAGGCACCUUGUCGGUGGUGACAAUGUACCAUGCCAAGCUCAAAAGCAACCACACCUGCAAGAAGUUUGACCUCAAGAUUAAUGUACGACGAGCUCCUGAAGAUGUCAAGAGGCCUCAGGAAGCCCUGGACACCAUGAUCCUUGACAUCUGUACCAGGUACUUGGGAGACCAGGAUGCUACCAUGUCGAUCCUGGAUAUAUCCAUGAUGACUGGCUUUUCUCCUGACACUGGUGACCUUGACCUGCUGAGCAAUGGCGUUGACAGAUACAUCUCUAUGUACGAGCUGAACAAGGCCUUCUCAAAUAAGAACACCGUCACCAUCUACCUGGACAAGAUCUCACAUGACCAGGAGGACUGUCUGACCUUCAAAGUGCACCAGUACUUCAACGUGGGGCUUAUCCAGCCCGGGUCGGUCAAGGUGUACUCCUAUUACAACCUGGAUGAGAAUUGCAUCCGGUUCUACCACCCAGACAAAGAAGACGGGUUGCUGAGCAAGCUCUGUCACAAAGACAUGUGCCGCUGUGCUGAGGAGAACUGCUUCAUGCACCCGAUGGAUGAAAAGAUCACCCUGGACGAGCGUCUGGACAAGGCCUGUGAACCAGGAGUAGACUACGUGUACAAGACCAGGCUUCUCAAGAAGGAGCUGUCAGAAGACUUUGAUGAUUACGUAAUGGUCAUCGAGCAGAUCAUCAAAUCAGGCUCUGAUGAGGUGCAGGUUGGACAGGAGCGCAGGUUCAUCAGCCACAUCAAGUGCAGAGAAGCCCUGAAGCUGCAGGAGGGGAAACAUUACCUCAUGUGGGGCAUGUCCGCCGACCUGUGGGGAGAGAAACACAACAUCAAGUAUGUCAUCGGGAAGGACACCUGGCUGGAACAGUGGCCAGAGGCUGAUGAAUGCCAGGAUGAGGAGAACGAGAAGCUGUGCCAAGACCUGGCCAACUUCACUGAGAACAUGGUUGUCUUUGGCUGUCCCAACUGACCCCUGCCCACAGUCCCCACAAUAAAGCUUCACUGAGAGUU